CGCGCUGGGAAAUGUAGAGCACGUGCGUGCAUCACGUGACACGGGGCGAUCUUCUGUGGCGGUGUCGCUUCUCGCCGCCGUCUCGCCAGGAUGGGCUACCACGGCCUCACCAUCCCCAUCAUCGUCAUGACGGUCUUCUGGGGCAUCAUCGGCUUCGUCGUGCCCUGGUUCAUCCCCAAGGGGCCCAACAGAGGAGUUAUCAACACCAUGCUGGUGACAUGUGCCGUUUGCUGCUACCUCUUCUGGCUCAUCGCUAUCCUGGCUCAGUUGAACCCGCUGUUUGGGCCGCAGCUCUCCAAUGAAACCAUCUGGUACCUCAAGUACCAGUGGCCCUGAGGAGCGAUGGCACCGGAAUCCGGUGACACCACCUACUGAAGACGGGUUCCACCAACUCCCUGGUUUCCCGGAUCCGGUGAAAAAUGUGAAUUGAAUCUUUGGUGUAAUUUGAGAUUUUGUCCUCCCAUUCUCUCCUGCUGCCCAACCCCCCACCCCCCCCCCCCCCCGUGUGACUGGUGUACAUUUUAAUGCUGCCCCUGCCCCCCUACUGUGCACCCACAAUUGUGGACGCCCUCGCUCACUUCCUAUCACCGUGGCGCAGAGUAACGAAGCGGACGCCGCCACCGCCUCCACGCGUCCGUCCCUCCGCGUAAAUGACGCGUUCUUUACACGUCCCUUCGACCACCACCACGCGGCCUCGUGGGCAUGCAGCCUUCUUAAAAUAGCCGUGCAUCGAACGAGCACCGCUAAGAGAGGGCCCUUGCCUGUAAACAUCAAGCAAGCCAGACUCCCCUGCUGAUGAGACACUGAAUAUCAAAACCCCUCUAGCUUUGUUCCUAUUGAACCAAUGCUAUCAAAAAUACGCACUCUCAGCAGGCUAUUUGGCUGAUGGAUGUGUAAAUGUUGGCAGUGUUUAUGUAGAAAGACAAGAGGUGGAGAAGCAGUCUACCCAAUUGCGUUCUCCAUGAUGCCACUGGUGGGUCUGGUAUGGGGCGGCCUGCGUCCACUCGGUCUCACCGCGUCGCGUUUCGGCACCAUUCCCAAUGACGGUUAGAUUUUUUAAAUGAUUUUUUCUGUGGCAAUGCUUUUCCCAUCUCGCUCGUCUCAUCCCGUGCGGUCUGAUUCAAACCAUCGGCUUGAGAGCAACAUUACCAUAAACCUUAAAACACUC